UUCCGAUUUGAAAUUCGGAGAAUAUGGGAAAUUUCGCUGUUUUCUGUGCUUAACUCCAUCUCGGAGGCUGUAUUCCCGGCGGUAUUGUGAAAAUGGAGGCGACACUGAACCAAAUCAUCCCCAUGAAUGACAUCCUCACCCAAUGUUUGCUUCCCCAGAUCGAGAUUCUCGAAACUGAUGGUUUAGUUGUUUGCUUCCCCAGCUCAUCCAAACAAAUGAUUGCUAAAUCACCGUCUGAUUUUGACACGUGCCGUCAGCAAAAUCAAACAACUGAGGCUGCAGGCAUGGGUGGGGGUAGUAUUACCUCUCCCAGUUUUACUUCUGAAGAAGAAUCCUCGGAGGACCAAGAUUUCCAGAAUUCAUACAAAGCGGAUGGUGAGGUGGUUUUUGGAGAACUCGAUCAAGUGGGUUCUCGAUUCUCUUCUUCCUCUACUUUGGAGUUUGAAGCUGAUCGGAGGAAGAAAUACAGAGUCUACAAUGAGAUUUUGCAAAGUUAUGAUCAAUUGCAUGUUCGUAGUGAGAGUCUUAACGAGGCUAAGAGGAAGGUUCUGAGCUACUACCCUGGAGCAUGGAUUGGGAACAUGGGUUGCAUGAAACUUAAUGACUAUGAUGUACCAGAAACAACAACACUUGUUUUAAUUGGUCCAAAAGGGUGUGGAAAAAGCAGUCUUGUAAAUAGAAUUUCAAGGGCGAUUGAAGCUGACAAGUUUGCACCAGAAAGAGCUCAAGUAUCAUAUAAUUCAUCUGUCAGAGAUGGUACCUGCUUUCUUCAGGAAUAUAUGGUCCCAAGAGGUUCAACUUCUUUCUGCCUUUAUGAUACCCGGAGUUUGUGUGAUGACCCAACUGACAACAUUGAUAUGAUAACAAAUUGGAUGACCGAAGGUGUUUGUCAUGGGGAACUUGUUUUGAGGAAAUCAGAUGUGCCAAGUUUAAGGAGCAUGAUGAAGUGCAGCACUCAAGAGAAAAAUUGUCAGUCCAGUAAGAUCCGGAUGGUUAAUUUUGUCAUUUUUGUUGUUGAUGGGAUUGCUGUGUUGAAAUCUAUGGAGGGUGAUGGCACUGGAAUAACAAAGUACAUGCAGACCAUUUCUACAGUUUUCAACUGUCCAUACUUGUCAUUUAAAGAUGAUAAGCCUGUUGUAGUGGUUACUCAUGGUGAUUUACUUUCAAUUGCUGACCGUGUCUGGGUACGGGUCCACUUAGGAGAGCUGCUGGGUAUUCCUCCUGCGAAACAAAUUUUUGACAUUCCAGGAAAUUCUGAUGCAGCAACAGAGUUGACAAUAGUUGACAUGUUGCGCUAUUCACUUGAGCAUGCAGAUCGAAAUCUUCCUCUGAGAAUUGUGGAAUCAUCUUAUCAUACAUUUCACCAAGAGGCAAAUCUUUGCAAUAAGUCUGAAGAGGAAAAGAAAACUGACGAGGGAAAAAAGCAAAAUGAAGAAUCAUCCUAUCAGAUGAUUCAACGGGAGGGAAAAAAGCAGGAUAAGGAGUCAUCUUCUCAGACAAAUCACAGAGAGGGGAACAUUCAGAAUAAGUUGGGAAAGGGAAAGAAAGCUGAUAAGGUUGACAUUAUGUUCGGUAUCUGUGUACUUUCUUGUGUCAUUUUUGGGUUGGUGGUGGCGGUGUUUUUAAUCAAGGAUGAAUCAGAGUCUCACAUUAAUUGCCUGCAGAAUAAUGAAGUCAAGGAUUCCAAGCACAUACAAGAGUUGGCUAGAAGAAUUGAGGAUGAAGAUGGAGCAAAGGGAAGCCAUAUUGUUCUGAGGAAUAUGGACACAAAUGACAGGGGAGUUAAAUGGCCUGGGUGUUGUAUGGAGAUUAUUGGCAACCAAUCUGAAGAAGAAGAGAAAGCUGAGAAUAAGAAUGAAGAGUAUGGGAAGGUCAGUGGGGAAAAUGAAGAGUAUAGGAAGGUCAGUGGCAAAAGAAACCAUGUUGCAGCAAUUGGUUUGCAUUAUGCAUCUAUUCCAGAGUUCUUAGGGGAUCAGGAAAGAGUUGAAGGAAUUGUAGAGUUGGCUAGAAGAAUCAGGGAUGAAGAUGGAGCAGCAGGAAGCCAUAAUGUUCAGAGGAAUGCAGACUCAAUUGAAAGGGGAGCUAAACUGCCUGGAAGGGCCAUGGAGAAGAUUAUUAUUGUCACCCAAACUGAAGAAAGGGAGAAAGCUGAAAAUAAGAAUCAAGAGUAUACCAAGAUUAGUGGGGAAAGAAACCAUGUUGCAGCAUUAGGCUUGGAUUAUGCUUCUGUUCAGAAAUUCUUUGGGGAUCAGAAAAGAGUUGAAGGAAAUUUAGAGUUGGCUAGAAGAAUCAAGGAUGAAGAUGGAGCAACAGGAAGCCAUAUUGUUCAGAGGAAUGCAGAAAUGAAUGAAAGGGGAGAUAAACUGCCUGAAAGGGCCAUGGGGAAGAUUAUUAUUGGCAACCAAUCUGCGGAAAGGGAGAAAGCUGAAAAUAAGCAUCGAGAGCAUACGAGAGUCAGUGGGGAAGAAAACCACGAUGCAGCAAUAGGCUUGGAUUUUGCAUCUGCUCAGGAGUUCUUUGGGGAUCAGCAAAGAGUUGAAGGAAUUGUGGGGUUGGCUAGAAGUAUCAAGGAUGAAGAUGGAGCCACUGAAAGUUAUAUUGUUCAGACGAAUACAGACACAAAUGAAAGAGGAGCUGAACUGCCUGGGAGGGCCAUGGAGGAGAAGAUUACUGGCAACCAAUCUAAAGAAAUGGAAAAAGCUGAGAAUAUGAAUGAAGAGUAUAUGAAGGUCAAUGGUGAAAGAAACCAUGUUGCAGUAAUAGACUUGGAUUCUGCAUCUGUUCAGGAGUUCUUUGGGAAUCAGAAAAGUUUUGGAUGGACUGCUCAAUCUGUGGAGAAGAAAGAUGUUGGGAACCAAAUGAAUUCCAAGAAGAAAAUGAAGCACAAGGAGAAUGAUUGUAAGAGAGAUAAAGACAAGGCCAAUGAUUAUAAAAAGAAACAUAAAUCAAAGGGUAAAGACGGAGAUAAGAAAAAGAAAAAGAAAGAGAAAAUGAAAUAAAUGAUUAAACCAAUGAAUGAGCAACUUAAAAGGGCAUUCCGAACGUGUUGAAUGUUGAAUUGUCUCCUUCCUCUCUGUAAAGUUUGUCUUGCCAUUUCAACUUCAAGCCUCUUGACUUGCCCCUUGUUUGCCUGUCGCUAUUGAAUUGUAAUGUGUAUUUGUAAUUGUAUUGCUGAGGAAAGAUGACAAAUGAUCUGAUUGUAAUAAACAGAGAAUAAGGUAGAAGAGAAAGUUUUACAGAAGGUACAGCAAAGAGAAUCUUAUAACGUUUGUAU